AUCUAUCGAUCCUCCUGUUCACUUAAUAAUUCACUUUUCGCGUCAACUGAGCCUUGAAUUAGAGAUCACAAUGGGCCGUAAAUAUACUGAGACAUCCAUCGACCACUGGAGGCUGGAAUUGAAGCCUUUACGAAGAUCACGACGUGCUUCUCUAUUUCAGUUCAUCCGCAGUCGUGUCUCGACAGUCAGGUCAGCAAGUUGCUGCAUCGCAAUAAAACCUUACACUUAGAGGUUAUUGUCUUUAUCUUGCAUAAUCCACAGUCAUUGAGAAACAUAAGGAUGCAUAAGAAGAGUGAGAUCAAUUGUUAUGUAUACCAUUAAAACUUUACGACAACAUUACGUUUUAUUACGUCGAUCGUGUGUAGACAACAUGACGACUGGAGCCUCUAUCUACCCAGACGAAAUGGAUAAAGGCGCCACAUCAAAUCACAUGGGCAUCGGUCGCAUGUUGAUUAUGUGGCGACGCUCAGUUUACAAAGUCGUUUAUCAAGAACUUAUCGUCUUUCUUCUUCUUUUCGGUAUUCUCAGUGUCGUCUACAGAUCCGUUCUCAACGACGUUCAAAAAAAAUACUUUGAGCAAUCGAAAGUGUUUUUCCAGUCGUACAUCGAUCACUUGUCAGUUCCGUUUCUUCUCGGAUUCUACGUCACAACCGUAGCCGGUCGAUGGUGGCAGCAAUAUCUUACCAUUCCAUGGCCAGACAGAUUGAUGCUGGCUAUUCAGAUUUACAUCACCGGCGAUCAGGAACUAAUUCGAGAACUGAGGCAAGGACUCGUUCGUCGUUCACUUUUGAUGUUGGUGCUCUUGCUACGUUCGAUAUCACCAGCCGUGCGUCGCCGCUACCCAACUCUUAAGAGUCUCGUCCUAGAUGGUGUUAUGACUCGAAAAGAGAAGCAGUCUUUCGAAUCGAUUGUUCCAGUUGUCAAUUUGUUUUGGGUACCUGCUACUUGGUUUGCGACAGCACUCCAGGACGCUGUCAGCGAUGGAAUGCUGACCAACGAAUACGGCACAAAACUCAUCAUGGAGGAAUUUUUAGAAUUUCGUGCCAACUGCGGUGCCCUUUGGAGCUACAACUGGGUUAGCAUUCCAAUGAUCUACACUCAAGUGUGCACGUUAUCCACGUAUUCCUAUUUCAUUGCCUGUCUCGUAGCCCGUCAAUAUACGGGUCCUAGUCAUCAAUCGCUCCAGGAUAUCGACAUUGUCCUGCCUAUCGGUACAGUCAUGGAACUCGUUUGCUACGUCGGACUGCUCAAAGUGGCCGAACAAAUAAAAAAUCCUUUCGGCGAUUCCGACGAAGAUUUUGACCUCAACUUUCUCAUCACCCGACAUCUUCGAACAGUUCAUCUAGGACUGGAUGACUUGGACGUGAAUUGCCCGCCUUUGACGGACGCUAGUUCAGGACAAGCGGCUUCCAAUGAAGCGGGUGAUAGUUUACAGCUGAUGCCGGGCCAGUUGCUGCAGAAUGAACGACACGCGUCGGAACUUAUCAAGUACUGAUAAUCCUACUAGACUACACAAGGGCCAUAAAUGAGAUCUACCCUCAUAGAUGCACAAAAAUUCUACAGACAUUGGCUUGAACAGUUUGCAGCCAGAUCAAUUUCAGUCUAUUACAAAGUUAACUAAACAAAA